AUGGACUGUUUGCCAAUGGAGGCUCGUCUCUGUGCUGCUCUGCUCGUGGUUUGGUGCAUGCUGGUGCACUCUGAGCCCAGCUGCGAUCAGACAGAGUUCUUACACACUAAUGGCACUUGUGUUGCAUGCCCUGUGUGUGGACCAGGAGAACAACUGUCAGAGGACUGUGGUUUUGGAGAUGGUGGUGAAGGCGCCUGUAUCCUGUGCGAAGGAGGGGAGUUCAGCGCAGAUACAGGUGUGGCUCCCUGCAUGCGAUGCACACAGUGCAACCUGCUGAACCGCCUGGAGAGGACAGCGUGCUCACCCACCAGUGAUGCCCAGUGUGGUCACUGCCUCCCAGGGUAUUAUGAACUCAGGAGCAUGACUGGGGAAGUGGAGCUGCCCUGCGUGCCUUGUUACAAAGACGACAGAAUCCAUAAAGAGUGUUUGCUUUUGACAGCUCGUGGCUCUACAGGUGAGAGUGCCGUCACUUCGCCCAGGGGAAAUUUCAAAGUACCCAAAGAGAAGAGAGUGAAAGAGGAAACAUUUCCUAUGGUCCUGAUUGGCUCAGCAACAGCGUCUUCAAUUUUUCUCAUUGCUCUGCUGCUUUGGGGCGUCCUUCUCACUGCUGAGAGAUUCAAGCGGGUUCCUGAGUACUGUCCUGGGCCCGAGGGAGUGCUUUCUACAGACGACCUUCAAUACACACCUUUGUCCAGCCCAGCAGAGGGAGCAGCCGAACAAUCAGACGAUCCUCCGCAGACACUUGUUCCAGAUCAAGAUCCCCCAAGAGGCCUGAACUCACUCAGCCAUGACAAUGAGGUGCACCCUACUUCUAUUGUGAUUAAUGUCACCACCAACAUAAAGCCCUCCAGGCAGAAAGACGAGAACAUCUCACAGGAGGAGAAGCAGAGCAGCUGCUCCUCCACGGAGGAGAUGGAGCAAAAACUUCAGACAAUCUGGGAAGUGGCUCAAGGUCAAAGUAUUGAAAUGCUCGACUAUGACUCGGUGCAGGACUUGUCCUUGCUGCUUGACUCUGCUGACAGCAAGAACAUGUUGAGGAGACUGGGGCGCUCUUUGGGUGUCCCACCUCAGGUCAACGCUCAUCUCCAAGGUUUCCAGGACCUAUUUCAGUAUCUGCGCACCUCCACCUACACACUGAUGCCCCAACUUGCCCAGGCUGCUGCGCUCCUGCCUAAUCCUGAAGUUGUUGCUCGGAUACACAGAGCUGUGGUGAAAAAGUAA